AUGAGCAGCGAGGCCGAGACCCAGCAGCCGCCCGCCGCAGCCCCCGCCCUCACUGCCGCCGCCGCCAAGCCCAGCACGACGGGCAUGGGCAGGACUGGCAUUGGCGCAGGGCGCGGCGGCCCCGGCGGCCUCACUUCAGCGCCGCCUGCCGGCAGGGACAAGAAGGUCAUUGCAGCAAAGGCUCUGGGGACAGUAAAAUGGUUCAAUGUAAAAAACAGAUAUGGUUUCAUCAACAGUAAUGACACCAAGGAACAUGUAUUCGUACACCAGACUGCUGUAAAGAAGAAUCCCAGGAAGUACCUUCGCGGUGCAGCAGACGGAGAGACUGUGGAGUUCGAUGCCGCUGAAGGAGAAAAGGGUGCGCAGGCAGCAAAUGUUACAGGCCCUGGGGGAGUUCCAGCGCAAGGCAGUAAAUAUGCAGCAGACCGUAACCAUCAUAGACACUAUCCACGUCGCAGGGGUCCUCCACGCAAUCCCCCGCAGAAUUACCAGAACAGUGAGAGUGGGGAAAAGAAUGAGGGAUCGGAGAGUGCUCCCGAAGGCCAAGCCCGACAGCGCCGGCCCUACCGCAGGCGAAGGUGCCCCCCUUACUGCACGUGGAGACCCUGUGGGCGUCGACCACAGCAUUCCAACCCUCCUGUGCAGAGAGAAGUGAUGGAGGGUGCUGACAAUCAGGGUGCAGGAGAACAAGGUAGAGGAGCGAGACAGAAUGUGCCCUCCUCGCCAAAGACGCCCAGAGAGGACGGCAACGAAGAAGAUAAGGAAAAUCAAGGAGAUGAGACCCAACGUCAGCAGCCACCUCGACAUCGGUACCGCGGCAACUUCAAUUACCGACGCAGACGCCCAGAAAACCCUAAACCACAAGAUGGCAAAGAGACAAAAGCAGCCAAUCCACCAGCUGAGCAUUCACCCGCUCCCGAGGCUGAGCAGGGCGGGGCUGAGAAAAUGCCGGCUUACCAUCUCUACCAUCACCCGGUUUAGUCAUCCAACAAGAAGAAAUGAAUAUGAAAUUCCAGCAAUAAGAAAUGAACAAAAGAUUGGAGCCGAAGACCUUAAGUGCUUGCUUUUUGCCUGUUGACCACAUAACCAGAACUAUCUGCAUUAUCUAAGCAGCAAGGGGUUUUUAUUAUUUUUACCUAAAGACGGCUCUUUUUGGUAAUGACAAACGUGUUUAAAAAAAAAAGAAAAGAAAAAGCCUGGUUUUUCUCAAUACACCUUUAAAGGUUUUUAAAUUGUUUCAUAUCUGGUCAAGUUGAGAUUUCUUAAGAACCUCAUUUUUAAUUUGUAAUAAAAGUUUACAGCUUGAUUUUUUCAAAAAAGUCAACAAACU